ACAUCUUGCGGAGGGGGGGUGGGCGAGGGGGCGGUGGCGGGAUGCAGGCAGAAGAGACUGCCAGUAUUCAUGCUAAAGCUGAGCUGGGUCUGCGACCCCCCAGGGAGCUCCUGACCCUUUCCUGAGCCAGCAUCCACCUCCCAACCUUGGAGUCUCCCUCAGCCUAUGUUUGCUCAGCCAUCUCCAGAGCCCAGGCUGGCCAUGUGAACUCCCUGUGUGGUUCCCAGCCUUUUGGCACGCAGUAUUUUUCACCCUUCUAGCUGCCUACCUAAGGGGUACCCACCUGAUCUUUGAUGGGAGUAAAAGUGAAUGUCUAUCAUGGGCAAAGUGUAAUGGCCAGCAUGCAAGAGAGCUGAGUUCAGCAACUGCCUUCCACUACCGUCUCUGCUCUUCAGAUUAUGCGGCACAUGUAUGUCUGCAUCCACGAUGAGUCUAUGACCAAUCGUGAGUCACAGCCACAUCUUCAUGUGUUUGCCGGCAUAGUUUGUAAUCUAGGUAUACUGCCCUGAAGAGGCACAUCCAUUCUGAGUGGGAAGUGAUAAGGAUGUGUGCCCCCUUCCUGGCACACCCUGUGCCUGGUUAGUUCAACCAUGCAGGAGCUGUUCCUCCAGGCAGAGAACAAGGAUUCCUUGGGAAUCUUGCACGCUUGUAUGCACACACCCAAAGCCUAUGUGCACACGCACCAUGCACAAGCACGAGUGCUGAGAGAGUGGACAGCCCAGGUGGUGGCCCAGAUGGAGUGAAGAAAGAAGCUUCGGAGCCAGUGUGCAGGACGUGAGGAGAAGAGGGUCUUGGCUGAGUGCAGUCACUGCGGGCUCAGUCACUGACCCGCCUGAAGCCACCCAGAUGGAGCUGGGUUGAGCAGGUGGCUGUGCCAUGGGGCCAUGCUGUGACAUCCACUCCCCCCAGCCUGGGUUUGCCUCAUGUGUGGCUGAACCCCCUGAGAGACCUCCAGUGUGCACUUGACACUCCACUAGUCGUCUCGGGUUACCCACACGCAUUCUCACACACAUUUGCACUCAUAGUAUUAGUCAGAUGUCAAAGUUUCUGUUGGCUUCUAAUCUAGGGGAUUUGCUUCAAUUUCUGGUAGGGGCAGGUGGCUCAACCAAGGAAGUGUUUCUAGAGGGCCAUCAGACUGGUGGCUCUGGCUGCACACGGUUGCUCUUAUUCCCUUACCAAAUGCUCAGUGGGUACUGCCUGGUGCAAAGGGCAGAGACUUACCAGUCAUCCCGGAAACUGGCCUGCAGGGCCAGCUGGGCCCAAUGGGGAUUUGUACAGGGUCACUUGGUAAAUAAAACACAUCCAGUUAAACUUCAUUUCAGAUAAACUAUAUUUUCUUAGCAACGACCUCUAGGUCCUUCAGAGACCAUUCCUUACAUUACAACUUUAUUUAUGUCUGCCUGGGUCAGAAUGCCUAGGUGCCUCCAUUUUCUUUUCUUUUCUUUUUUCCCUUUUUCUUCCUUCCUUUCUUUUUCUUUCUUUCUUUCUUUCUUUCUUUCUUUCUUUCUUUCUUUCUUCUCUUUUUACAGAAUCUCACUCUGUAGCUCUGGAUGGCCUGGAUCUCACAGCAAUCCCCCUGCCUCAGCUUCCCAUAAUUAUGAGAUUACAGGCAAGUGCCACCACAUCCCCUCUCAAAAGAAUGAAGGGUCUGUAGAACAAAGGUCAGAGGCUUUGAGGCAAGGCGAACUGGGGCUUCGCGGGUUCUGAUGCAGGAACCCCCUAGCAAAGAGGAGCAGAGAGUGCCAAGGCCUGGUGUUAACUGGGUCUUUGUCUUUCCUAUCUGCAGGUGGCCAUGGUGCCUGGGCUUGCCUGCUAGCAGGCUGCCAUGUCUCGAGAGGCAGGUUCAUGCCGAGUGGGCACUGGGACAAGGGCACGGUCACGGAAGCCCAAAAAGCCACACUACAUCCCGAGGCCCUGGGGCAAGCCCUACAACUAUAAGUGCUUCCAGUGCCCCUUCACCUGCCUGGAGAAGUCACAUCUUUACAACCACAUGAAGUACAGCCUUUGCAAAGACUCCCUUUCUCUACUCUUAGACUCCCCUGACUGGGCGUGCCGCCGUGCACCCCCCUCACCCAGGCCUCGGGUGCCCACCCCCAACUGCUCCACAGACUUCUCAGACCCUAGUAGCAAGCCAACUGAGCCAGAUCUCAUUGUCACCAAUAGCUUUUCCCAGCGUCGUUGUGGCAGGGGCCCCAAACCUGGACCAGAGGAGUCCUCAGGGUCACUACCCCCUCUGGCUAGACCCAUCCGGAAGGGUCCAGGCACCAGUGGCCUUUUGGCAGAGUCAUGGAAGCCAGGACUGAGUGGUGGUAUGCUGACUGGGGCUCUAGGGACUAUAGCUUCAACAACAGGCUCUGAGAGUAGUGUCCCCUGCUACCCACCACCUGCCCAGGGUGAGUUCCCUGAAGCCCAGAGCCUCCAUUUAUCAUUGCUGGGUGUCAACUACCCUCUUGGCCCAGGCCUCUUCUCCUAUCUGGGGCCCUCACUGGCUGCUGCUGCAGCCCACAUGCCCUUCCUGGCCUCGGCAAGUCCCUUGUUACCCCCCACAGCCUUCCCAACCCCACACACACCUGAGCGUCCAGGCCUGGCCCCCCGCCUGUACUACCCACUACUACUAGAACACAACCUAGGACAGUCAGCAGGCAGGGCUGCCCCUGCCAAGUCCUCUGUGCCCCUCAAGGGACCUCCUGGAGCUCUGGCUACUCCUGGGCUGCUCAAGGUGCCUGUGCCAGGGCCUGGGGGACCCUGGCCCCAUGGCACUUCCAGAGACGCGGGGCACGAAGGAGAGCUAGGACGAGUGACUCAGAGUAACCCGCAGAAAAGGCUGCCCACGGGCAAGAUGCCUGAACCAAAGGCCCCCUUGAACCUGGCAAAACUUGGCUGUCAGAGCAGCCUGCCAACAGGCUCCUCCCUCAUACUCUGGCCUGAGGACAAGGAACCAGUUGACCCUGAGGCCUCAGGUCCUGAGGUCCAUCUUCUGCAGCAGCCACAGGGCCAAGUACUAGGAAGUUCAGUCCCAAUGGGAGAGGACCUGACCCAGGCCUUUGGUGACUACGCCAGGGUGGAGCAGUGUUUGGGGCAGCUGGCACCGGCUGGGGGUCUGGCACCCAGACCUCUACGGGAGCAGCUUGGAAAGAUUCGCCGAGAGCUGCUCACCAUCCAUCAGGCGCUGGCCCGGGCAGCUCGUCCACUGGACACACCCUUGGACCUCUCAGUGAAGCGGGUGCCUACCAAGGGAACUGAGGCACCAGCAGAGUCCUGGGGGCUGCAUGAUCCAGGCCCCAUGUUGACAAGGGGGACCUCAGAGCCCUCUAGCAUGUUGGGCCCUGUACUUGAGCCUUUCUCGAGUCGCACCACCAAGUGUGAGGCUGACUCCAGUGUCCCUCCUCCUGUCCUCCCCCUCCAGGCCCCCGAGGACCCUGUAAUUCCUGGUAGUGGCUGGGGUAAUCGACUUGGAGCUAGCAGCUCCCAGACCCCUAAAGAUGCCCCAAGCUUGCAGAUCCUCCCAAGUGCUGACGUCUGUUCACAGCCACCGUAGAUAUGGUUCCUCUCCCUGACCUGGGCCGCAUUGUCUGGACCUGUCCAGUGUCGGUGUGCAUGUAUUCUGAGCAGAUACCCCAUCCCCACCCCAGACUCCCCCACCAGCCCGUGGUAAAGACUUAUCUAUGCGGUCUCAUGGACUAGAAAGGUCAUGAUUUAUUUAUUGAAGUUGUGGACAUUAAAAUAGAAAACGCCUUCAAACACC